AUGUCUGGAGGAACCUUAAUGACAAGCACAGUGAAACACAUGUCGCACUGCUGCCUGUUGGUCCUGAUAAUAACAACCUUCGAGUACACCUCGGGAGUACUGAGCGUCCUGGAAAGCGAAGAAAGACCGAGGAUAGACUCGUGGGAGCGGUACGGAGUGGUGGCGCCUCUGCUGUUCCUACUGAGACUGCUGACGCUUUUGGCACUCCCGCAGUCGCUGUUCAAUUUCCUGGGACUGACGUUGUACAACGCCUUCCCGGACAAGGUAACUCUGAAGGGUUCGCCCCUUCUGGCGCCAUUCAUCAGCAUCCGGGUGGUCACUCGGGGGGAUUAUCCUCACCUGGUCUCGAGGAACGUCACCUGGAACCUGAACAAAUGCCUGGACGUCGGUCUGGAGAACUUCCAGAUCGAGGUGGUGACCGACAAGCCCCUGGGGCUCAAGUCCCACCGGCGACUGAGGGAGCUGGUGGUCCCGAGCGAGUACCGGACCAAGACGGGGGCCCUCUUCAAGGCUCGGGCCCUCCAGUACUGCCUCGAGGAGGGGCUAAACGAGCUGGCCGAGCACGACUGGAUCGUCCACCUUGACGAGGAGACUCUCCUGACUGAGAACUCCCUAAGGGGGAUCCUGAACUUUGUCCUGGACGGGAAGCACCCCUUCGGCCAGGGACUGAUCACUUACGCUAACGAGAGGGUGGUCAACUGGGUGACGACAAUGGCCGACUGCUUUCGCGUCGCCGACGACAUGGGCAAGCUCCGGUUCCAGUUCAACAUGUUCCACCGGCCGCUCUUCAGCAUGAAAGGCUCCUACGUGGUCACUCAGGCGGGGGCUGAAAGAGAGGUCGGCUUCGACAACGGGAUAGACGGGUCAAUCGCCGAGGACUGUUUCUUCGCAUUGAAGGCCUUUAGCCUCGGGCACUCGUUCAACUUCAUCGAGGGUGAGAUGUGGGAGAAGUCUCCCUUCACUAUCUGGGACUUUAUCCAGCAGCGUAAGCGGUGGAUCCAGGGGAUUUAUCUGGUGGUCCACUCCCGGCAGAUUCCUCUGAAGAACAAGCUCCUGCUGGGAGUCAGCUGGUACUCGUGGGCAACCCUCCCACUGUCGACCUCAAACAUUCUCCUGGCAGGGCUGUGCCCAAUCAGCUGUCCGAAGAUCCUCGACGGGCUGUGCGCGUUUAUCGGGGCGAUUAGCAUCUACAUGUACGUCUUCGGAGUGAUAAAGUCCUUCUCCCUGAGCAGGUUCGGGCUCUUUCGGUAUCUGGCGUUCAUAUCCGGAGCCCUCGCAAUCAUUCCCUUCAACCUCGUCACCGAGAACAUCGCAGUCGUCUGGGCGCUGCUCGGUAAGAAACACAAUGCGCUUACAACUUUUGGGAAAACUAACACCCAGAAUCAAAAUCCUCCUCCUCCUACUCCAGCUUACAAUAACGAGGUGGUAAUUGGCAGUAACUUCAAUAAAAGCGCUUUUGAAUUAGAACGAUUAACUAGUAUGGGAAGAAGCGGAAUGCGACCAACCGGGUUGAAGGGCUCCUCGUCGCAUGUCGGACACAACAGCUUGGGAAAAGCUCGAGAGUGCAAAGCAGAGGCUGACUGCAGUGCCAUCCAGAACACAACUUGCGUUCAGGAUCCAAAUGGCGACAAAAAACGGUGUCUUUGCGGCGAUUUAUCGGCUCCGGUCAACGGAUUUUGCAGCUACCAGUUCAAAGAUUACUACGAAGAAGACUUCAAAUGCAACGGUAUAAACAACCCCACAAUCCUCCCACCAACACACAUUAACCUUUCUUUCUCUUUCAGGAUCGAUAUCACUGGAGAACUCGCUCCUGCUAUUGAUUUUCUCAAUUCUUACCAUCAAGUACUAAACCAUCACGCUAUUUAUUUAUAA